AAGUUGUUAUUAGCGAUGUCCGCUCAAUAAGCAAGAUGUCGGUGUCAAUGCUCCCCAUGUGUGUUCGCACAGGUUUGGGCCUGAGCCGGGUCCAUAACCGUGGCAUCUUGCUUCAGUCCUUCCUCCGGGCAUUCUCUGCGGAGAAGGCUAACAGUGCUACUGGGGGACUGGCUCAAGCUAUUCUUCAAGACAGAUUGCAGCAACAGAGGAAUCAGGAAAACUCCGCCACCUCAGAGACCACAUGGUCAUCUGGAGAUUCUGGUCAGAAGAAGCAAGAGGAGAAAAAACAAAAAGAGAACUCUGCUUAUGCUAAGAAAAUCAUCCUAAGGCUUGCAGGUCUCUUUGGUAUUGGAAGUACUGUUACUGUGGUAUAUAUAUUUGGAGGCAGUUCCACUGAUGAACAAGGAAACCGGAUUCCUGAUGAGUUUGAUAAUGACCCACCAGUGUUUCAACAGAUAAGGAGGACUUGCAAGUAUUUUAAAGAUUACAGACAGAUGAUUAUUGAACCCACUAGUCCCAAACUGCUCCCGGACCCAUUGAAGGAGCCAUACUAUCAGCCACCGUACACACUUGUCCUAGAGCUGACUGAUGUUCUACUUCAUCCAGAGUGGUCGUUGGUAACUGGAUGGCGAUUUAAAAAGAGACCUGGAAUUGAGUAUUUAUUCCAACAGCUUGCACCACUUUAUGAGAUUGUAAUUUUUACAGCAGAAACUGGAAUGACUGCAUUUCCUCUGAUUGACAGUAUUGACCCACAUGGCUUUGUGAUGUACAGGCUUUUUCGAGAUGCCACACGUUAUGUAGAAGGUCAUCAUGUAAAGGAUGUGUCCUGUUUGAACAGAGAUGCUUCUAAGGUUAUUGUGAUUGAUUGUAAGAAGGAAGCAUUCAGCCUACAACCCUUCAAUGGUCUAGCUCUUCAGAAAUGGGAUGGUAGUUCAGAAGACCGCACUCUCUAUGAUCUUGCAGCAUUUCUUAAAACAAUUGCCAUUAGUGGUGUAGAAGAUGUAAGAAUGGUGUUGGAGAAUUAUGCAUUGGAAAAGGAUCCAAUAGAAGCAUUCAAAAAGAGACAGGAACAGCUUGCUCAGGAAGAAGAGCACAGAAUCUCUGAACUUUCUCGACAUAAACAACAAGGCUUGUCACUAAGUACUAUUACAGGACGUUUCUGGCCUAGAUCAAAACAACAGUGACACAUUUUCAGUCUCCAUUUUCAUGGACAGUCUACAAAUGGAAUGGCUGUUGUGGGCAACUUCCUUCAACAAAUAAUUUAGUAUCCAUUCUGGAAAUUAUUAUCCUUGUCACAUUUGUUACUUUUUAAGUCCAAAAAAAAUUGGGCCCUGGCUAAAAUAAGAUGGAAAUUGAGCUACAUCCUAACCUAACUGAAAGGCGAAUAAACUUUGAUUUGUUCAGUGGGAGCUAUUUUAAACAUAGAAGAAAAACAGAGUGCAGUCUCUUCUUUUUACCAUUCUUCUACUGUUUGUAAAGGGACUUCUUGCUUUGUUUUGGUGCUGUGCGUAAUAAAUACAGGUCUGUUUUAAAGACAGGUUGUAGCAGAAUUAUGUAAAAGAAGGAACAUGUUUCUCCUGAAGUACACAACCUGUGAACCCCAUUAUUUUUGUAUUUAUUUCAAGUAAAGCAGUAUUUAAACAUAAUUAGUAGUACAAUAGGAGAAUCCAAUUUUUUUUUUUUUUUUUUUUUUUUUUUUUUUUUGCAUUGCUCUUUAAAUAAAGACCUUGUGACUCUC